CAUCCGGUAUUCUUCUGUCUUCCUACCGGGUCAGUUCAUGGUUAACUUCGAGGUCUUCGUGUUCUGCUUCACUUUUACACUCUGGACGGUCUUUGUGCCUUUUAGCACGGCACUACAGACGGACCUUAAAGCACCUCGUCACGGGACGACUAAGAAGAGAAGAAGAGGAUAUUCUGCAGCAGCUAUCACCUUCACCAUGAAGACACUGACUCUGUUUGCACUGGUUUGUGUCAUGACUGCUUUGACUGGAGCUGCUGCUGAUGUUACUCUGGUCAAGAGGGGGACCAGAGGAGGAUGCUCCAGGGGUUGGACUAGGUUAAAUGGCCGUUGUUUCAUCUACGUUCCAAGUCCCAUGACCUGGGUUAAAGCUGAGAAAAACUGUGUGUCCAUGGGAGGAAACCUCGUGUCUGUUCACAACAUCAUGGAGUACGACGAGCUUCAGAAGCUGAUCAAGGCCAAAAGUCAUGAGGACAAACUAACCUGGAUUGGAGGCAGUGAUGCGGUAGAGAAAAGCCAAUGGUUAUGGAGCGAUGGCACACCUUUCCACUUCACCCACUGGUGUCGUGGAGAGCCUAAUAACCUUUGGGGCUGGCAGAAUUGUUUGCAAAUGAAUUUUGGAGCUCAGAAAUGCUGGGAUGACAUGCAGUGCAGCCAUGACAGACCGUCUGUCUGCGUCAAGAAAACCAGAAGAUGCGUGGUCUGACACCAUAACGUACCUGUAAAAAGCCCAAACACUGGGGGAGGUGUGUUUGUGUUUCUACCUUUCAAUACAUCUGUCUUUACUCCAUCAGUCUCACAUCUGAGCUGAAUGGUCUCAUUUAAGUUUCAUAUCUUUAUUUCUGUUGUAUCGCUGUUAACGCUACUUAAGGAAGGAAGCGACAGGUGACAAUAAGGAGCUGGACUGUCUCUGAGGCUUUUUGCCUUUAAUAAGAGCAGACUGAAUGUGUUAUGAAAAGAUUGCUUUUAGCACAACCUUACAUGUAUUCUUUUAGAGUGAACUCUUCUUUCUUGUCUUAUGCAAAAUUAAAAGCCUGAAGCAUAAAAACAAACUGUUUUAUCUCCUGUUAAGAUAGAAAUGUCUCGAUCCUUGGGGCUGAGCGGACAUAUUUUAAUGGUUUUCUAUCGGCUGAAAUAAAACUGAUUUCUUUACUCUG